AUGUCUACGGCAAACCGCCAACUAUACACCAGGUCUGAAUUCCUGAUUAGUAACAUUCGAAAGCUGUGGCCACAAAGAUUGGAUCAUGAGACAGAAUGUAAUUGGCUUAAAACGAGAACCAAUCAAUGGCAACUUAUAGAAAAAUCAACCAUUACCAUGCAAUUCUCAUCAGCAAAUAACGAUUCUUCACUUCACAACGCAGGAGAUGCAAAUGCCAAUCCUUUUGAAAUUUCUGCAGACGAAGAUACUAUUUCUGCAGAUCCCAAUAUGACAAUAGAAUCUGAUGAUGUAGACCUUUCGUCCGCUCAUUCAAAUACAUCGACUACUCCAAAGUCAACAACAACCGUUAAUACAGAUACACAAUCGCCUCCUGUAGUAGAGACCAGUAAUCAAUCCAAACAUUAUGCUUCUGGAACCUUAGAUGAACCAGUUUCACAAACUAUUCUUCGAGACCUGAAAAAUGUUGCAGUUAAAUUGCAACAGGUUCUUCAUCCUAAGGGGAACAGUGAUGUUUUACGAGAUUGGGAUUUGUGGGGUCCAUUAAUUCUUUGUUUGUCACUAGCCAUAAUAUUGAGUAUUAGUGCAAAAAAAAGUCAAGAAAUUAUGGUGUUUACUGGUGUUUUCAUCAUUGUAUGGUUUGGGUCAGCUGUCGUGACGAUAAACGCGAAACUUCUAGGGGGCGCAGUGUAA